CUAUACUUAUAUUUUUUAUUUACAUAAUAUAAAAUAAUUCCAUUAUUAAAAAAUAUAAAAAAAAAAUAAAAAAAAUUCGUUUCGAAUAAUCAAUUUGAUAUCUCAAUAAAAAAAUCAAAAUGGCGGAUACGAAAAAGAAGAAUCUUUUAUUAUUCUUUGACCGUCCAACUGAACCAUGCUUUAUGCAAAAAGGUGAUGAAAAAGCAGUCUUCGAAAUUCCGGACCACUAUUAUCCGGAAAAAUACCAGUCUCUGUCGAAUAGUCUUUCGAACAGAUUCGGUAACGAUGCUAGUCGAAGUAUACCAAUUCGAAACAUCGCCUUGCCGAACUUAGACGUCCCAAAGCAACUGCCCUACAACGAUCAGUUUUCCGUCUUCUUGCCUACACAUAGAGAAAUGGCUGGCAGAUUGAUUGAUAUAUUUUUGGGAAUGCGUGACAUAGACGAUUUGACUUCUAUAUUGUCGUACUGCCAGCUUCAUAUCAACCCGUACAUGUUUAACUACUGCCUCUCCGUCGCGUUACUACACAGAGAUGACACGAAAGGUUUGAAUAUUCCAACUCUUACGGAAACAUUUCCCGAUAAAUUUAUGGACCCAAAAGUGUUCCGAAGAGCCCGAGAAGCGACGAGUGUUGCUAAGACUGGCCCGAGGAUACCAGUAACAAUAUCACAAAACUUGACGGCAUCAGAUCGAGAGCCGGAGCAACGUGUGGCAUAUUUCCGUGAGGACAUCGCGAUCAAUCUCCACCAUUGGCAUUGGCAUCUCGUCUACCCCUUCGACCUGACAACUGGGGGUAUAGUUGAUAAAGAUAGGCGUGGUGAACUCUUUUACUACAUGCAUCAACAAAUUGUAGCAAGAUACAAUACUGAACGUUUCUGCAACGACUUGCCUCGGGUAGUUAUGUACAAAGAUUUCAGAGCUCCCAUUGAGGAAGCUUACUUCCCCAAACUGGACUCUAAAGUUGCCAGCCGUGCUUGGCCGCCAAGAUUUCCUGGGUCCAUUAUAACCGAUUUGGAUAGACCAGUCGAACAAAUCAGAAUAGAUGUCUCAGAAAUGGAGAGAUGGAGAGAUAAUAUUUUACAAGCUAUUGAAGAAAAUGCUGUGCUUAUGCCAGGAACUACUGGUUAUAAAAUGCCAUUAAACCCUGAAACUGGCAUCGAUAUUUUGGGCAACAUCAUGGAGUCCUCCAUCCUCAGCGUCAACAGGGGCUACUAUGGCGAUUAUCAUAAUAUGGGGCAUGUUUUCAUCUCAUACGUACACGACCCAGAUCAUCGCCAUUUGGAACGACCUGGAGUAAUAGGCGACUCCGCGACAGCGAUGCGUGAUCCAAUUUUCUACCGCUGGCACGCUCAUAUCGACGACAUCUUCCAGAUGUAUAAAAAUAAACUUCCUCCCUACCCACAAGACAAGAUCGUGUACAAUAAUAUCAAUGUGACUUCAAUAAAAGUGGAAGGUCCCGCUGGCACCAAUGUGUUUGGAACACACUGGGAGCGCAGCACCGUGGAACUGGGUCGAGGCUUGGACUUCACGCCUCGUGGUAGCGUACUGGCUCGCUUCACUCACCUACAGCACGAAGAAUUCAACUAUGUUAUCGAAGUGAACAACACAAGUGGAAACUAUGCGAUGGGCACAGUUCGUAUUUUCAUGGCCCCUGUAUUCGAUGACAAUGGCAACAGAAUGACAUUCGACGUUCAAAGGAAACUCAUGAUUGAGCUUGACAAAUUCACUCAUGGCUUAAAACAAGGAGUAAACACGAUCCGUCGCAGAAGUUUGGAUUCAUCAGUGACCAUUCCUUACGAGCGGUCAUUCCGAAACCAGUUGAACAGGCAAGGCACCGCCGGUAACCAGAGCGUUGCAGAAUUUGACUUCUGCGGCUGUGGCUGGCCUCAUCACUUGCUCAUACCUAAAGGAACCACUAGAGGCUAUCCUGUCACCCUCUUCGUUAUGUUCUCUAACUGGAAUGACGAUAGGGUCGCGCAAGAUUUGGUGGGAAGUUGCAAUGACGCUGCAUCGUACUGCGGUAUUCGGGACCGUCAGUACCCUGACAAGAGAGCUAUGGGAUAUCCCUUCGACCGUCCCGCAGCGCCUGAUGUAAAAAAUCUGCAAAACUUCAUAACAGAGAACAUGGCUAUUACUGACUGUACGAUUCGUUUUACCGAUGAAAUAAGAGAUCGCAAACAAUAAUUCGCAUGUUUAAAGUUGUAUUAAUGUUUUUGUAUGUAAAUAAACGGGUCAAUAGAUUUAGUUUAGCUGUGUAAAAUAUAUUUUGUACAUAUCCUUUAUAAUUUAUAAGACUGAAUUAAAUGUAUGCUUUUUAAUUA